UUGGGGGCGAGCACAGCGCUGCGCAGCUGGUAGGAACCCGGCGGUCUGACGUCUUCUGCUCCCUCUGUCCCUCUGUCCCUCUUCCUCUUUUUCCUCCUUCUCCUCCUCCUCUUCCUCCCUUUCCUCCUCCUCCUCUCCUCCUCCUCCUCUUCUUCCUCCUUUUCCUUUCUUUUCUCCUCCUCCUCCUCUCCCGCCGUCCCGCCUCUUCCCCCCGGCCCCAGUUGUCUCCCGCUGCCCUCCGGGGGCUCGGGCAUCCGUGCAGCCUCGCGCCCCAGCGCCUGUGCGCCCUCGCGCCACGCCAGCCUCCCUCCUCCCCUCCCCGGCCGCCCAACGCCGGCCGCAUUGUCUCGUCUUUUGCACUGUUGCAAUUUCAGCCUCCUUUAUCCUGGGGGGUAGGAGGCGCCUCGCCGGCGUUCCAGCCUCUGGCGCAUCUGGACUCGCCUUCUGGGCUGCGCGGAGCCGCGCGGAGCCCAGCCAGCCCGGGCCCGGCUUCUCGCCUUUCCUUCCCUUCUUUCUUCUUCCUUUGGAGUGGCUGGCUUUCUGCCCCUUUUCCCCCACCCCACCUCCAGCCACGAUUAUGGAGCAGCAGCCGCCUCUCUGGGAUGCCCCCCCGGAGUCAGACCGCAGCCCCGGAUGCCGGGAGGGGCUUGGGGCCCCGCGGCCAACUCGCCUGGUCGCCGGACUGCUGCAGCCCACGGUCCGGGGGCUCUUCAAUUCCCCAGACCCCGUGGCCUCCUCCUCCCCAGUCACCACGCUCACGCGAACGAUGAGCGACCUCACCGGACUAGGGAGUGAGACCCCGAAGAGGAAAAAGCACAGUCUGACCUUCCGCAGCAGAAUUGUUUCACUAUCCAGGGAGUCCUUGUCGUCUGAGGCCUCAGAUUCAUCAGAAUUUUCAGAUGCAGGUCUUUCCAUGGAUUCACCAAGCCCCAUGGACCCCCAGGCAGUGGACCACGUAUUUCAGCAGGCAAUCCAAGAGGCUGGCCAAGUUCGAGAAGAGAGACUUCCCAUCCGACGCUUCCAAUCUUUGCCCAUGAAACUCCUGGGAUCCAGCCCAGCCUUAAGGAAUAUCACCAACUCCAGGGCCCUGGACAUGCCCCGGAAGAGCGAGGGUGACAUCCAGCUGGAUGUGGGUAGCAGAGAAGACAAGGAGAACGAAGGAUUUGUCUUCAAGAUGCCCUCCAGACCAGCGGGGCACAGCCGGUCCACCGCUGCCGAAUGGGCCAGCCGGAGGGAGGCUUUUGCCCAGAGGCCAAACUCAGCCCCCGAUCUGAUGUGUUUCUCUCCCGGGGAGAAGGAAGACCUGUGUCCCCUGCCCCUACGCCGCUUCUCCAUGAAGCCCACCUCUACAAGUGAUGAUGGAGAUGACGGCUUUAUGGACAUCCUAGAAGAUGACCUGAAGAAUGAGGAAGAGGUUCCCCCAGGGAUGGAAAGCCUAAUAAGUGCUCCCUUGGUCAAGAAAGAAGAGGAAGAAAGUGAACAGUCUUUAGUCAUGCACAGCAAGUGCCGCAGGCUCUUCCGCUCUCCAUCCAUGCCCAACAGCUCCAUCCGGCCAGUCCUAAAGCGACUGGAGCGGCCGCGGGACAAGGACACACCAGUUAAGAACAAGCGCAGGAAGAGCGUGACCAUCCCAACCACUGCCCAGGAGGAGACAGAAGAAGAGCCGAAACCUCGACUCCUCCGUUCCAAGUCUUUAUGUCAUGAUGAAAUUGAGACCAUCUUGGACAAUGACCCCAGAGAGCUGAUUGGGGAUUACUCGAAGGCAUUUCUCCUGCAGACAAUAGAGGGACGCCACCAAGACCUUAAAUACAUAUCUCCGGAGACAAUGGUGGCCGUGUUAACCGGGAAGUUUAGCAAUAUUGUUGAGAAAUGUGUCAUCCUGGACUGCAGAUAUCCCUAUGAAUUUGACGGUGGUCACAUCAAGGGUGCAGUAAACCUUCCACUGGAACAAGACGCAGAGAAUUUUCUGCUGAUGAACCCUAUUCUCCCCAGCGUGGACAAGAGGCUCAUCCUUAUUUUCCACUGUGAAUUCUCCUCUGAGCGAGGGCCUCGAAUGUGCCGCUUUAUCAGAGAGAGAGACAGAGCUGCCAAUGACUACCCAAAUCUGUACUACCCCGAAAUGUACAUCCUCAAAGGAGGCUACAAGGACUUCUUCCCACAGUACCCGACGUUCUGUGAGCCCCAGGAUUACCGGCCCAUGAAUCACGAAGACUUCAAGGAAGACUUUAAGAGGUUUCGCCUGAAGAGCCGCACCUGGUCAGGAGAACGGAGCAAGCGAGAGAUGUACAGCCGCUUGAAGGACUUCUGAGGGGCGCUUCCUCCCCCUUCCCCACGCCCCAUAUCUCCCCAGCUAUUGGGAGACCUGCCACACUUGACUCUCUAGGGAUCCUCCUACCGAUGAGGCUUCCACACCCACGUGGGGGGACCUGGUUCCUGGACGUGGCUUCUUCCCUUUUCCGAAUUCCGAAUUUUCCUGCGGAAAAGUCCCCUUCUCACCCAUUUAUUUAAUUAUUUGUUGGACUUGAACCGAGGGGUCCGACCAAGGCUGUGUGGCCUUGGUGGUGGGUGGCAGCUGCCCGCCGUGCCAGUCCCAGGGGCUUCAGACCCACUCUGAUGUCUACCGGCCUACUCUGUGUGUCCGAAUGUAUCGUGGAUGCUGGGACCAUCCUGGAUCUUCAAAGGUGCUCAGCUGGCCCCCCCACCCCUGCUCCUCCCUUGGGAGAGGUUUUCUGACAUGGAAUCCCAUAGGAUUUCACUCCCGUCUUGCCCAGCUCCUCAUCCCCUAGCUAGGGCUUUGUGUGUUGUACUUUUUUUUGUAUUUUUCUUUUUCACCGUUGGCCCUUUGCCAAGUUUUUGUUUUGAGCUUGAAAGGCGAGAGGAAGCCUGGUUUGACUUCAGCUUAGGCCCAGUGGGGUCUCCUCCAGGGAGAAAAAGGGAUCUAGCUCACUCGAAGGAACAUUUGGCGAAGGAGUUUAGAUCUUUUCUCCCCUCCCCGUGGGUUUAUUUUCUCAGAUUUAGAGUUUGUGCUGUCCUGAAUCCAAAACCCAUUGGUUAUACCAAUCGUAUAAAAGAUUGUACUUGGGUGGGUGGGGAUCCAGGACAGGGCCUUUCAGGCAUGAGGAAGCCAUCCCCAUGUGCAUGAGAGGAUUCAGGGGUUCUCUUUCACCCCACUGCCUUUCCUGACUGUUGACAUUUCAUUUCAUUUCUAAAAACAAAGUCUCCUGAAGAGAGUUAUACUACCCCACCCUGCCACGUUUGAGCCAUUGCUGCUGUUUGACUAUGGAAUUUUCCAUCCCAGGGAGAAGGGUCAAAGGGGCCAUCCACAAGCCCAGGAUACCUUUCUUCUGCCACUCCCAGAAGGGGCACUCUGCACACUCCUGUCUUAAAAAUUUUUUUUUUUAAGGUAUGAGGGAGGUGGAAAAUGUCUUUUUUUUAUUUGUUUAAAAAGCACUUCAUAAACUUACACAGUAUCAAGUUGUUUUU